UGAAUUCCCCACAUUAUGCAACUGGACUAUAAAGCCAAGCUAUGCUCAGCAGCCUGAAGUCACACAGCCACUCACAUUCGCCACAAGGAACUUGAUACUCUGACUGCGUGCUUCGAAGAGAGAUUUAAAAUGGAUUUCAUCCUGCCACACACACUCCCGGUUGGUGGUAUCCAAUGGGAAAAGCUUUUACCCCCCCUUUUUCCUCGUCUGAAUGGGACACAUGGACAAUACAACUGGACGCCGAAACUCGUAAUCCCAGAGAAUGAUACUACCAGUGCUGCUGAGGCAACAUGUGACGAUAGUGGAUUCACAGUACAAGUGGACGUCAAACACUUUGACCCUGAAGAUCUGCUGGUCAAAGUGACAGGAGAUUUUAUCGAAGUACAGGGAAAGCAUGAAGAAAAAAAGAAGGACCGUCCCGGCUUGACAACACGGCAGUUUAAUCGUCGCUAUCGAAUUCCAAAGGGAGUGGACACCAUGGCUUUGGAAUCAGCCAUUUCUCCAGAUGGUGUCCUUAUCGUAUCUGCACCCUUGCUGGACACAGACAAGUUCACAUCUCUGACCUAAUCCUAGUACUACUCAGCAAGCCGUCUUCACAAAUCACACAGUAGUUAUGUUCUAAUGCGGUCUUUGAGGUUUGUAAAUAUUGUUCUACAAUUACCCAUUAUUCUUUCAUAAAGUUUCAUGAAAAAUGCACAGUGUAAAUAUCCAGUCGACAAUUGAAAAUUGAUGUGACCUUUGUAUCAUGUGGUUGUGAAUAAUGCACCAAUGCAUAUGUCAAAAUGUUUUAUUAUACAUGUAUUUCUGCGAUAAAUACAAUAUUUCCUUGCAAAAGUAAAGAUGAAAAAGCAUCAUGUUGGAGAAACCUCUUGUGUAAUCAGAAAUUUGUACAUCAUAGAGUUCACUUCACUGAAAAAAAUAAAUAAAUGCAACAUUAUUGCUCA